UUUUUUAUGAAGCGUUGAUAUUCUGUAGCUUCGCUUUGCUUCAUAACGUAACAAGAUGGUUCAACUUGUACUAGAACUAAUUUUGACGCUGAUAAUUGCUGUUAAUGGAAAAACAGUAACAAACCCAAAAGAAAUCCUGUCAUGCGGUUUGCCUGGAUCUACAUUCCGCUCUACAGUCACUUUCAAUACAGAGUCGAUCCGGAGGGGUACCAUUGCUACUUACACAUGCGAAACUGGCUUUCGGUUAAUAGGCCCCUGGAGAAGACUUUGUCUCGGAAAUGGGACAUGGACACCAAAAGAGCUUCCAAUUUGUUUGAUGAACACAGCGUUUGGGAAAGGUGCAAUGCAGUCCUCAACUGUCGCCAAAGGGUAUCCUAAAAACGCAGUAGAUGGCAAUGAGGAUACUUGCACGCUAACCAAAACUGAAACAUCUCCGUUUUUGAUUGUUAAUCUACUAGAACCUUUCCGUGUACUAGUGGUAGAGUUGAAGUUUAGACGAACUUGCUGUGGUAAGUAA